UGGCGACGCUACUGGCGCGCGCCGGGCGCUAUUUCUCCUCAGGCUCCGGGACCGGCGGCGGCGGCGGCGGCGGCGGCGGCAGUAGUGCAGGGCGUUUUAACUCCAAUGGGUGAUGAAAAGGACUCUUGGAAGGUGAAAACUUUAGAUGAAAUUCUUCAGGAGAAGAAACGACGGAAGGAGCAAGAGGAGAAAGCAGAGAUAAAACGCUUAAAAAAUUCUGAUGACCGGGAUUCCAAGCGGGAUUCCCUUGAGGAGGGGGAGCUGAGGGACCACCGCAUGGAGAUAACGAUACGGAACUCACCAUACAGAAGAGAGGACUCCAUGGAAGACAGAGGGGAGGAAGAUGACUCUUUGGCUAUCAAACCACCGCAGCAAAUGUCUCGGAAAGAAAAGGCUCAUCACAGAAAAGAUGAAAAGAGGAAAGAGAAGCGCAGGCAUCGCAGCCAUUCAGCAGAAGGGGGGAAGCACGCUAGGGCAAAGGAAAAAGAGCGAGAGCACGAGCGCCGGAAACGGCACCGAGAGGAGCAGGACAAGGCUCGCCGAGAGUGGGAGAGGCAGAAGAGGAGGGAGAUGGCCCGGGAACACUCCAGAAGGGAGCGGGACCGCCUUGAGCAGCUGGAGAGGAAGCGGGAGAGAGAACGAAAGAUGCGCGAGCAGCAGAAGGAGCAGCGGGAACAGAAGGAGCGGGAGCGGCGGGCCGAGGAGCGGCGCAAGGAGCGCGAGGCCCGGAGGGAAGUUUCUACGCAUCACCGAACAAUGAGAGAAGACUAUGGCGACAAAGUGAAAGCAAGCCACUGGAGUCGCAGCCCGCUCCGGCCACCCCGAGAGAGGUUUGAGCUGACAGACGGCCGGAAGCCAGUAAAAGAGGAGAAAAUGGAAGAGAGAGACCUGCUGUCCGACCUACAAGACGUCAGCGACAGCGAGAGGAAAACCAGCUCCGCCGAGUCCUCGUCAGCGGAGUCAGGGUCGGGCUCGGAGGAGGAGGAGGAGGAGGGGAGCAGCAGCGAAGACUCGGAGGAGGAGGAGGAAGAGGAGGAGGAGACCGGGAGCAACUCCGAGGACGCGUCCGGACAGUCGGCUGAGGAAGUGAGCGAGGACGAGAUGAGUGAGGACGGGGAGCGUGACAGUGAGAGCCACGUCCUGGUUGUUCCAGAGUCCCGAUUUGACCGAGACUCCGGAGACAGUGAGGAAGGGGAGGAAGAAGCCGGCGAGGGCACUCCGCAGAGCAGCGCCCUGACUGAAGGCGACUUCGUGCCCGACUCUCCUGCCUUGUCACCCAUUGAACUCAAACAAGAGCUGCCCAAGUACCUCCCUGCCCUGCAGGGCUGUCGGAGCGUGGAGGAAUUCCAGUGCCUGAAUAGGAUCGAAGAAGGCACUUACGGGGUGGUGUACAGAGCAAAGGACAAGAAAACAGAUGAAAUUGUGGCUUUGAAGCGGCUGAAGAUGGAGAAGGAGAAAGAGGGCUUUCCAAUCACAUCUCUGAGGGAGAUCAACACCAUCCUCAAGGCGCAGCACCCCAACAUCGUCACGGUCAGGGAAAUAGUCGUGGGCAGCAACAUGGACAAGAUCUACAUCGUGAUGAACUACGUGGAGCACGACCUCAAGAGCCUGAUGGAGACCAUGAAACAGCCGUUCUUGCCAGGGGAGGUGAAGACCCUGAUGAUCCAGCUGCUGCGUGGUGUGAAACAUCUGCAUGACAACUGGAUCCUGCACCGGGACCUGAAGACCUCCAACCUGCUGCUGAGCCACGCUGGCAUCCUCAAGGUUGGCGACUUCGGGCUGGCAAGAGAAUACGGGUCCCCUCUGAAGGCCUACACUCCAGUCGUGGUGACCCUGUGGUACCGUGCCCCAGAGCUGCUGCUUGGCGCCAAGGAGUACUCCACGGCUGUGGACAUGUGGUCGGUGGGCUGCAUCUUUGGGGAGCUGCUGACUCAGAAGCCGCUAUUCCCUGGGAAGUCGGAAAUCGAUCAGAUCAACAAAGUGUUUAAGGACCUGGGGACCCCCAGUGAGAAAAUCUGGCCUGGCUACAAUGACCUCCCCGCGGUCAAGAAGAUGACCUUCACCGAAUAUCCCUAUAACAAUCUCCGUAAACGCUUUGGGGCGCUGCUCUCAGACCAGGGCUUUGACCUGAUGAACAAGUUCCUGACCUACUUCCCUGGGCGGAGAGUCAGUGCCGAGGACGGCCUCAAGCAUGAGUACUUCCGAGAGACCCCCCUCCCCAUCGACCCCUCCAUGUUCCCCACGUGGCCCGCCAAGAGUGAGCAGCAAAGGGUGAAGCGUGGCACGAGCCCACGGCCCCCAGAGGGAGGCCUGGGCUAUAGCCAGCUGGGCGACGACGAUUUGAAGGAGACGGGUUUCCACCUCACGACCACAAACCAGGGAGCCUCGGCCGCGGGGCCCGGCUUCAGCCUCAAGUUCUGAGGGUCGGCACAGAGCCCGCACCAGCCCUGCGGGGGCUGCCCAGUGCAACUCAGCCGGGCCCCGGGCCGGUGCCGGAGGCAACGUGUGGGGCCAGACCCGGGCCCUGCUCUGAGCGGACACAGCCGGCGUGGCCAUGGGUCUCCACCUCAAGUCUCAGACUGUCCGUCUGUUUGCUUUUCCAUGUUUUAUUUUUAUUUUAUCUUGGC